GCAGUAUUAUUAUGAAAACAGAAUUUCCAUUAAAAGAGACAUUAUGAUUCUCUAAUUGAUAAUGAUAACUACUUAAAGUUAAUGUUUAAAAUAUAUUUCUGUAUUAAACUGCUGCUACUGUUAUUAUGGAAACAAAUCAGAGCAUUCAUUUUUCAAGCUCUUCCAGUGAAUUGAGUGAUAAUGAUACUGUAACAAAUUAUGAGUCUCAAUUUAGUAAUCAUGGCAAACGAAAGAGAAAGCGUAGCCGAAGUGCUGGAGCUGACAAAGAUUGCCAACUUGGCCAUAAGCAUUCCAGGCAUUUGUCAGAAGAACACAAACAUUAUCAUUCUCAUAGCCAUAAACGUAAAUUAAAAAAGAUGAAACACAAGCAUCAUAAAUCUAAACAUGGCCACAUCGACAAAGAGUGCAAGCAUCAACACAAACAUCGGACAGAGGCUAGUGACCAGGACAGCAACUCUGAUAUCAGUGAUAGUGAGAAGGAAAAAAAAAUCCAGAAGAAAAGCCAAAGCUCAUCUGAAAGAAAAAAUUUACUGGAUUCAAACCCAGACACUGAAACUCUCGAUUACAAUUUUGAUUUUAGUAAAUACAAAGCAUCAUUGAGCAGAAUGUUUUUCAGGGAAAACUUCUUUUCAAAAAUAGCUAUUCGUGGAUCACAAGAGCAUGAUGACUUUUGGAAUUUUGUGAAUAAAUUUGUUGAAUUUCAGCGAAAAAAGGCGGAGAAAUCCAAAGAUGCUAAAGUUCAACUUGGAGCUGAAUCUGGUCAACUCAACCUCCCAAAAGUAUUUGAUGUUAGCUAUAAAAUCAACAUUUCCUUUAUCAGCAAAGAUUUUGAUGUAUUUUUCAAGAAAAACAGGCUAGUUGACUAUCAACUUGAAAAGGAGCUAUCAAGAGGAAGGGUACUGCAAUUUCGAUCAAUUAUUUUACAUUAUCUGGACUUUCAACAGAAACAAAAAUUCCAGAAAAUCUACAAAAUCUGUAAAGAUCAAAGGGAACUCCCUAUCUACCAGCAUAAGGAAACUAUCAUCCAAAUGUUACAGAAAUAUCAAGUUAUAGUUGUAGCAGGUGAUACAGGUUGUGGCAAAUCAACUCAGGUACCUCAGUAUUUAUUAGAGGCAGGGUAUCAUAAGAUUGCCUGUACACAGCCUCGAAGGAUUGCUUGUAUUUCUUUGGCCAAACGUGUUGGUUAUGAAACACUGAAUGAAUAUGGUAGUGAAGUGGCAUAUCAGGUUCGCUUUGAAAAAAGUAAAACUCAGUCAACGAGAAUUCUGUUUUUAACUGAAGGCCUGUUACUGCGACAGAUGAAAACAGAUCCACUUCUUGAGAUGUAUAACAUCAUAAUUAUUGAUGAAGUUCAUGAGCGCCAUGUGAACACUGACUUUCUACUGGGAGUCCUCAAGUGCGUAAUUAAACAAAGGUCAGACCUGAAGCUUGUUCUCAUGUCUGCUACCAUCAAUAUCAAUUUGUUUUCCAACUACUUCAAUGGAGCCCCAGUACUCAAGGUUCCUGGUAGAUUGUAUCCCAUUGAAUUAGAGUACUGUCCAGUUAAAACAGAUGAUUCUGUUGAUUCAAAACGUCUUGACCCAAGACCUUACAUCAAUAUUAUGCAGAGGAUUGAUCACAAACAUCCAUCCACAGAGAGGGGGGACUUACUUAUCUUUCUGAGUGGCAUGUCUGAGAUUAUGGCUGUGGUUGAGGCAGCAAAAGCCUAUGCCCAGAAAACUAAGCGGUGGAUUGUACUGCCUCUGCACAGUGCUCUGUCAAUUGAGGAGCAAGAUAAAGUUUUUGACUAUGCUCCUGAUGGGGUUAGAAAAUGUGUUGUAUCAACCAACAUCGCUGAAACAUCUGUUACUAUCGAUGGGGUACGGUUUAUUGUGGACUCAGGAAAGGUUAAAGAAAUGAGUUUUGACCCAAAGUUUAAGAUGCAAAAACUUCAAGAGUUUUGGAUUAGUCGAGCCAGUUCAGAGCAGAGGAAAGGACGUGCAGGACGUACUGGCCCAGGCGUAUGCUACAGACUGUACGACGAGUCAGAUUAUAAUUCUUUUGAUGAAUACUCAACACCAGAGCUGCAGCGAGUUCCUUUAGACUCUCUCAUUUUACAAAUGAUCUCCAUGGGAUUACCUGAUGCUAGAAAAUUUCCAUUUAUUGAGCCACCAAAUAUGUCCAGUGUUGAGAACUCCAUUAUCUUUCUUAAGGAACAAGCUGCUCUUGCAUCGGAUGAGAGUUUGACUCCCAUUGGUCAGAUGCUGUCAAUGCUACCAGUGGAUGUGGUCAUAGGGAAAAUGCUUAUCAUGGGAUCCAUUUUCAAUAUGAUUGAUCCUAUUUUAUCAAUCACAGCAGCAAUGAGUGUCCAGUCUCCAUUUACUAAUCGAGCUUAUACUGAUCAUGAUGCUCUGGUUGCUAGGAAACCAUUAGAGUCAGAACAUGGAGAUCCAUUCACUCUACUCAAUGCCUUUGAUGAAUGGAUUCAGGUCAAAGCUCAAGGUCAAGGGACUCGCAAGUGGUGUAAGAGACGUGGGCUAGAGGAACAGAGAUUUUAUGAAAUGACUAAACUAAAGCGCCAGUUCAAAGAUCUGUUAAAGGACCAUCAUCUUCUAGACAGAGAAGAGGCAACAGCAAGAUAUAUGUCCAGCGAUGAAAGACGAGCUCAACAUGGGGAGAGAAAAAAAUUAAAUGAGUUGAGGAAAGAGAAAAUGAAGGACAACAAAAGAAGAAAAUUUCUGACGCUCGAAGAUGAAGAGUUUAAAGUGAGCGAUGAAGAAGGGGAUAUCAACAAGGGAGAUGAUAUCAAAGAUUUAGAGUUUCGUUUGUCUAAUGAUUUGAAUCAGCUUCAGGAGACUUCUAACAAAAGCAGAAAUUUUACCUUGAGAGACAUCAACUUGAUGAAGAUAAUUCUGUGCAGUGGACUCUACCCUCAAGUAGCCAUACCAGAUGAGUGCAAUACAUACAGGCGUGACACAGAGCAGACUUUUCAUACCAAGAGUAAACCAUUUGUCCUUCUACAUCCUACCAGUAUAUUUGCUAGUCACCCAGAUUUAUUAACACCAAAAUACCUAGAACACAAAAAACUUUCACAAAGUGAGCUCAAGGGAUUAUUUAGUUCCAAACAUGAGUUGUUGGCCUAUGUAUCCCUUCUUGAAACCAACAACAAACCUUAUCUGGUCAAUGCUAUGAAAGUUCCAGCCUUGCAAACAGUAACUCUCUUUUCUAACAGUAUCGAUACUAAUGCUGAUUGUACCAGAUUAAUCUUUGACAGUUGGUUAGAGUUUAAAUUUAAAGAUGCCCUGACAGCUGAGAAAGUAAUCUCUAGUGUCAUACAGCUGAGAUCAACAUGGCAUAGUCUGCUGUUAGUCAGGCUGAAAGACACUUUUGAAGGUUUAGAAGAAGAUCGUAGAAUCAGUACAAGAGCCAGGCAGCUGGAGAGAAUAUUGGCCAGCAAAUUGACAGAGUUCUUGAAUGCUGACUUUCUGUACUCUAUUCGUAGAGUUCUGGCAGCUGAAAUGCAGAGAGCUUAUGUUGGUCCUGGCAAAGUGACAGAUCAAGGAACUGCUGCCAUGUUUGACAAAAUCUUGAAAGUAAAUUCUAUGGGCAAAGAACAUCCUAUUAAAGGUGGCAUACAAGUCACAGAUUAUCUCACUUUUAACUGUCUAUUAGAUGAUGCCUCCGCUAGUGUAUGGGGAGAAUUUACCCAAGGAAUGCAGAGGUUUUGGAAAUGUCCUCUCUGUGGUCAGUCUAUGUUGGUCAACGUUCUUGAAAGACUUCAGCAUGAAGCAGUGUGUAGUUCGGAAGGUGGACAAGGUUUGGAACAACUUCAAGUGGAAGAUUCAGAGAAAAUAUCAGAAUUAAAUCCUUUGAGAAAAAGUUAUUUCUGUACAGAAUGUAAUAAAGAACUUUCUUUGACCACUACAGAAAUUUUAAAACACAAGAAAACACAUCUAGCAACGUAGCGAAUAUAUUAUGUUGGAUUCUCUCCCAUGUUGACACAUCUAUCAAUGAAGUGACCAUCUUAUGCUGGAGUUUCUCCUAUGCUAAUCUACAUUUUUUUUUCUACAGUAUAACUUAUUUAUAUAUUUACAAAUGAAAGUUGGCCCAGUUUGUAUAUAUGUAUAUACACACGCAAAACUUUGUCUUACAAAAAACAACAUCUAAGGUUCAUACAAAUUGAAGACAUUUUUUCAAGACUUUGAAGUCACUAUUUUAUUAUUUCCAUGUCAAUGUUUCACAUCCUCUGAUUGUAAUCAAUGAUUUUAAAUGGAAUAUGUUUCUUUUUUGUAUAUCUAAAUUGUUUGUAUGUUGACUGCUUGUUUUAUAAUAUAUCAGAUUCACUACAAUUUUUCAACUACAUAUUGACAGUAACAUUAAAAAAGAUGUUCUAGGGAUCAAUUGAGGGAGCGAGAAAAAAAACUACACUAUUUAUGUUAUUGCUCAGCUUUUACAUGAUGAUAAAAACCAAAUGAUUACAUUCAACAUGAGUGUGUUUUAUGUUGUUUGUGUUUGCAUCUUUAUUGUUAUAUAGUAAUAAUUCUGAGGUGGAUAAUUGUAGGCAAACCAAAUCCACAUAUGUUUGGACCAAUAAACUGAUCUUAGGCAUAUACAUUUCAUUUGUAUUUAUUUUAUUUUAUCCCAGAUAUUUGUUUCAAAAGUUCUUUUGUAAAUCUAUGUUCAUUUAUUUCUAUCCCUAAUAGUUCACAAAGGUGGCUCGUGGUUGGAAAGGACACUGACUGAUAUAGUACAACAGUUAACGUACAUUAUAUUUUAAAGCAUUUUACAAGGAUCUAUGGAGGAAGUUAUUAAGUGUUUGAAGGAUACCAAUGCAGUGCUAAUACAUUGGCUUGGUUGCUGCCUCUUUGAAUUUGAUUUAUCAUGUUGUUUUUUAAAAUGAGUUUAUCAUCAUUACGAGGCUCAAGUCCUUCCUUUCUAAAGCCCUGGGUUAAGUUAGGAGAAAUUAAAGUCUUUCAAUAAAUAGCCCAGGCGUUAUAAAAUAUGGAAAGUUUAAAACAGCGGUUCUCAACCUUUUUAGCUCAGCGACCCUUUUACUAUUCCCAACUAUGUGGUGCCCCAACAGUAACAUUUUUUAUAAUCAUAAGUAACAUUGCUUUUGCUAUUGGUAUAAAAACUUAAUCCAAAUGUGAAUAUCUUAUAUGUAUUGCCAAAAUUUUAUGUUUAAAUCAUUUAACAAUAAG